AUGGCGACGCCCAGUAUCGCAACGGCAGUGCUCAACCAUCCGGUGCUGGGGGACGUUCAGGGCGUGCUUCUCGAGGACGGCAACAUCGAGCAAUUCCGAGGCAUACCGUAUGCAGCCAAAUCAGCAAGAUGGACAGACCCCGUUAUUCAAGAAGGAAAGCUCAGUACGGACCUAUUUGAUGCGACACAGUUCGGACCUGCCUGUCCUCAGGGGGUGGGAGCCCAACGGGCGGACUUGAACCUUGUCGGAGAUCUCCCCGUGGUGGAAAGAAACAUUGAAGAAAAUGAAAAUUAUUGUCUAAACCUGGUGGUUACCAGACCUCUGCAGAUUCCCCAAGAUACCAAAUUGCCAGUGAUGGUAUGCUACCGCGUUGGGAUCUUCGGGUUCUUAGCUUCAGCACAGGCUGGUCUGCGGGGAAACUAUGGACUGAAGGAUCAAGCUUGUGCUUUCAAAUGGAUUAAGAAAAACAUUGGCGGAUUCGGCGGUGAUCCUAGCUCGAUCACCGCCUUUGGAGAAUCAGCUGGGGGAAUCCGGAGGCCACAGUCAAUGGCUUGGCAAGAAGCAAUGCUUAGAGAGAACCUUGCGUAUCUUGGACUGGACGAAUUAGAUCUAAAAGAAGCUGCCAACAAGCUUCGCUUUCUUCCGGCAUCUGAUAUUGUCCAAGUGGUGCCGAUGGUUCAGCAUUGGAGUGCAACUUUGGAUGGAGACUUCCUCCCGGGGCUGCGAGUGGUAGAUCUCACUAUAACGAAUACGUGGUGCAAGAGCAUUUUGACAGGGGACAUGGCUCACGAUGGCACUAUCUUACGCUCGCGGUACUUGGAUAAAGCGGAUGCAAAGGAUAGGACAAUUGUCGCAUGUAACGAUAUUCUCGGGUCCGAUCUGACCCAGAAGGUCCGAACGGCGUACUUGCUUGAUACCGACAAGGCCGCAACGGGUAUGCUACUGCUCGCUUCAGAAUUGCGGUUCUAUGCGCCGGUAUUGGCAGCAGGCAAAGGCUUUGGAUUGCCCCACGAUACCAAAGUCCGUCAAUAUCAUAUGGAUCAGGUCAGUUAG